AAUCAGAGUCUGCAUCUGGUAAGAAGUUGUGUUUCUAGUUACAGUAUUUGCCUAGUCUACAGUAUGUGCUCAAUAAAUGAUCGUUACCAUGAUUAAAUGAGAAAUGAAGAGAGUUUACAAAUAGCACAGCUUUAAGGCAUUUGAAUGUUCACUCACCAUCUUGUCUGCAUUGGCCCUGUUUUAUCAUGGAUGCCUUCUUAGUUAGAAUUAUUCUGAUACAAUGGAGGGCUUUGCUGGAAGCUUGAUAAACGUGCUUAUUACUCUAAGCAAACUCCUGUUUGGAAGCGCUAUGCCAACAGUUUUCCUGGGGAGCGCUCGACUCCAUUCUCCCCCAUCAGAACAAUGGAUGUCUCCUGUUCCUGUCUCCUGGGAAGCACUGUGAAGUGCCUUGCAUAUUUAAAUAGCUGGAAUUCGUGAAGUACACCAAGUAUUUUCCUCAAAGCAUCACAUGCUUGCCAUUAAAUGUAGGACUGUGUGGGGUUUGGAUGUAAUUUCUUCCUUGAUCUUUGGGAUUUAAUCAUUGUAGAAAGACUCACAGUGUUGCUCCGUAAUUGUCAAAGGAUUAGCCUUGACUGUUGUGUACGCAUUUACUUCUGUUUGACAAUUUGAUGUUUCCUUAAAUGCUUUGUGUUCAUUCAUGAGGGCGAUGGUUUCAUUUGAAAUGCUGCAGUCACCAGGGAGAAGCUCCUGUGCUCUUCCCUGAUUGGCCAAGCUCCCCUCUGCCUCCUGUUGCUAUGGUGCCCAGCGGAGUAACUUCCUUGCCCUGCACAAGUAGGAGGCUCGGUCUCCAUGGAUACCCCACUCUGAGACUGUACUCCACGGAGAGAUGAGCUGAGCUGCACACACUGUAUUUCUGCACAAGACAUAGCCCAGCCUGUGGUGGGAGGCUGUUUGCAGAGGCAGUGUUUGCCAUGAAAGUCUACGGAGCUUACCUUCUAAGUAGCGAAGCCGAUUUUAGCUCCUCGAGCAGCACGGGCAGCAUCUCGGCGCCUGAGGUCCACAUGUCUGCUGCGGGAAGCAAGCGGUCCUCUUUCUCACGCAAUCGAGGUCCCCACGGGCGGAGCAAUGGAGCUUCAUCGUACAAGACUGGCAACAGCCCACCCUCCCCACGGGAGAAGGACCUUCUGUCCAUGCUGUGCAGGAAUCAGCUGAGUCCCGUUAACAUCCAUCCCAGUUAUGCGCCUUCUUCCCCCAGUAGCAGCAACUCCGGCUCCUACAAGGGAAGUGACUGCAGCCCCGUCAUGAGACGAUCUGGAAGGUACAUGUCCUGUGGUGAAAAUCAUGGUGUCAAACCCCCAAAUCCAGAGCAGUACUUGACUCCUCUGCAGCAGAAAGAGGUUACAGUGAGACACCUGAAGACCAGGCUCAAGGAGUCUGAGCGCCGACUGCAUGAGAGGGAGAGUGAGAUCGUGGAGCUGAAGUCCCAGCUGGCCCGAAUGCGGGAGGACUGGAUUGAGGAAGAGUGCCACCGGGUGGAGGCCCAGCUGGCCCUCAAGGAAGCCAGGAAGGAGAUCCAACAGCUCAAACAGGUCAUCGAAACAAUGAGGAGCAGCUUGGCCGAUAAGGACAAAGGCAUUCAGAAGUAUUUUGUGGACAUAAACAUUCAAAACAAGAAGCUGGAGUCUCUACUUCAGAGCAUGGAGAUGGCGCACAGUGGCUCUCUGAGGGACGAGCUGUGUCUCGACUUUCCGUGUGAUUCCCCGGAGAAGGGCUUAGCCCCCAGCACGGCUUCUGGCCCGACGGCCGAGGCGCUGACCCCGGAGGAGCCGGGGGCCAACAGCGAGCUGCUGGGGGAACACAGCGCAGGCCACGGCACAGAUGUGUUCGAUGAGCUGGUGACAGCCACCACCGUGGAGGCCGGCGACCUGGAGCUGCUUCGUGCCAGCCCUGGGGCAAAGGUCCUCGAGUUGGAGGGUCAGGAAGAGGGCAGCGCGGUGGCAGAGCAGGCCGUGCAGACCGACGUGGUGCCCUACAGCCCUGCCGUCUCUGAGCUCAUCCGGCAUGUGCUCAAGCUCCAGGACCCCUGUCUCUCCAGCUCCACGUCCCCUGAGGAUGAGUCCAGGGCCGACUCGAUGGAAAGCUUCCUGGAGUCCAUCUCUGCCAUCGUGGUCGAUUUAACUCCAAGAAAUCCAAACUCCGCCAUCCUUUUGUCUCCCGUGGAGACCCCGACCGCCGAGGUGGGUCCGGAGGCACGUGGGAACCGCCUUAUGAGAGAGCUGGAUUUUGCAGGCUCCGCGGAGGAAAGGCUGAACAGCCUGGUCCCGCUGUGCGGCGGGGGCGUCGUGGGGCGGUACUGGAGCAGCAGUUUCCUGGUGGAUCUCCUGGCCGUGGCGGCCCCCGUGGUCCCCACCGUGCUGUGGGCGUUCAGUACUCAGAGGGGGGGAACGGAUCCCAUCUACAACAUCGGGGCGUUGCUGCGGGGCUGCUGCAUGGUGGCCCUGCACUCGCUCCGCCGCACCACCUGUCAUAUCAAACCCUAGACAGAAGAUGUCACUUCCGUGUGCCAGUCUGUCCCGUGUGGCCUGAUGCUAGGUGGAGAAGCAGCGGGUCGACCUGUGGCGGUCUCUGUUUUGUCGUAUUUGCUCCUCGGUAUUUGAUUUGCACUAUAUUUAGUUGAAGCCUGUUCACUGUUUAAAACGGGAGGUAUCUUCGAAGGCAUGGAGACCUGGUUCCAGUACAUGUCCCACCAGUGUGAUAUAGAAAGCAUGCUCACGAUCUUGCCGUGUCGUCUGAGGUACCCGUACUUAUCCUAGUGGUGCAGGUAGAGAAAAUGCAAAGUUUGCACUUUCAAGACAGCUUCUAUAAGGCUGGCAUGUUAUCUCCUUGCUUUGCUUUUUGCCGUUUUAAAAUGUGUAAUUGUUACAGCAUUCCAGUGGUCUUGUGCAUAGCAGGGGAUUGUAACCAAAAAGAAAAAUGUAUUUGUGUAACUGGUUUGAAGAAGUCUUGAUAGCUCUUUAGUGUCUUACUUGGGGUUGAUAAGGUUUGAGUGUUUGCAGUUUUCUACUAGACGUAGCUCCAAAGUCUUAAAUGGCUUGUCUGUUCUUAAACCUGUCAAUUGAUGAAACUAUAUGUAAGGUUUACAUUGUAUUAACUUAUUUUUUGCUUAUUAUAUAUAGCGUUUUAUUGAAAAUCGUUUGUAACCACACACUUCCGCAUGAUGAAAAUAAAGAUUAGUGUUUCCAUUUAAAUAAAUGUUCUAUCCUCCUAUAAAA